AUGCAAAGCUUGACAAAAAGUGCACUAGACGUAGCAUCAUUGAAUGCCAAUGAAAUAUUGAAGCUCAUCCCUAAAUUGCUCGGAACAAGUUCAGAUGCAUCUGUAAAGCAGGCUUUAACAGAUUGCUCUGAGGUCUAUCAGAGUGCCCUUGAUCAGAUUAAGGAAUCAACGGCUGCUGUUGAUGCUAAGGCUUAUAAUGAUGUUAAUACAUGGAUUAGUGCUGUGAUGACCAGUUCUAAGACUUGUGAGGAAGGUUUCAAUGGAGUUACAUCUCCAUUGACUAGGGUCAACACAAAAUUUAGCCAAAUUUCCAGUAUUAUUUUAACAUUUUCAAAUCUCUCCGCCCAAAAUUGA